CCCAGCCUGUCCCCAGCUUGUGGCCACCCUGCCCCCACCAAGGGCCACCUACACGUGGGGACGGACGUGACCUCGCUUCCUUCCCCUUCAUCCGAAGAGCCGCCAGCCAGGGGAGCGGUGGCCACAGCAGCGAGUGACAGCCAGUCCACAUGGCUGGGGACACCGGGAUGGCCGGGAAGGUGGCGCUGCUCCUGUGGGCCCAGACCCUCGGCCUUGCUGGCUGGUGUUCCCUGUCACCUGCAGGUGCCCAGACAGCCCUGAUCCUCGUGGAGCCCCCCUGGACACUGCCGGUGCUGUGGGACCAGGUGACACUGACCUGCCAGGGCUCGGGGACCACUGGUGCCACCACCUGGUACAAGGAUGGGCAGCGCUGGGGGCAGGAGGGAUGCAACCAUUUCCCUGUCACUGAGAAAGGCACCUACACAUGUGACAAACGUGGAACUGGGCGCAGCCCCUCCGUAAGAGUCUUAGAUGACAUGCUGGUGCUGCAGGUGCCGGCUCGGGCACUGCUGGAGGGGGACACGGUGACACUGCGCUGCCGGGGCUGGCAGAACAACACGGUCACCUCGGUGUCCUUCUAUCAUGAGGGGAAGAAACUGGAGGUGUUCCCCAAUGGGACCGAGCUGUCCCUGUCCCCUCUGCAGCUGAACCACAGCGGCCACUACACCUGCAAGGGCUGGGUGGGAGACUGGGGGUGGACGGAGUCAAUGCCGGUGACAGUGACAGUGCACAUGCCCGUGGCCAAUGCCACCAUCACCCUCAGUCCCCCGGCACACCAGGUGCGUGCAGGUGACAACGUGACCCUGCGCUGCUCAGUGCAGGUGGGCUCAGCCCCUGUCACCUUCACCUGGCUGCACAACAAGCAGGAGGUGGCCCGGGGUCCACUCCUGGAGCUCGGGGACAUCGAUGUGGGACAUUCGGGCACCUACCAGUGCAUGGCCACCAACCAGCUGGAACAGGACGGGCACCGCGUGUUCCAGGCACUAAGCCCAGAGCUGGCCCUGGCUGUGACACUGCGAGAACACUGUAACAAAGGUGGGAUCACACAGAGUCACCAGGGAAGUGCAGGACUCCUGGGGUUAAGAGUGACCCUGAUGUGUCCCCCUCUGUUUCUUGCAGUGGCCGCAGGGGUCAGUGGGGCCCUUUUGUUCCUGCUCCUGCUCGUGGGUGUCAUUGUGGCCUGGCACCGGUGGCACCGUGUGGCUGCCAGGAAGCAGCAGGAAAGGGCCCCCCCGGAUCCCCCGGCCCCCCCAGAGGAGGGGGAGGUGCUGUACACCCACGUCGUGGUCACCAAGAGGGCAGGAGCGUCCCCCCGUGCCACCACCCUCCAGGAUCCCCAGGUGACCUACGCAGAGCUGCGGGGACCCCAGGGGCCACCACGGGAACCCGGUGACAUCUACGGGAAUGUGCUGUGACACUGGGGGAAACUGGGGGGUCCCCACCCAUGGGCACCCACUCCUGUGUGUGCUGCCACUAAAAACUGCCCCUCUCCCUCCCCGUGGAGGCACAAAGAUCCCAAAGGGCUGAGAGAAGAACAAUUUCCUGAAACAGCAACCAGAGAGAAUAAAACCAACAGCAACAGCAA